UCUAGGCUGUAGCUGCAGGACCCUGACCCCCUCCAUGGCUCCCCUGGCCUUGGUGGGGUUUGCACUCCUCCUGGGGACUCCCCCAUGCUCAGGGGCGGCCACCCCGACCCCCUCCCUGCCACCUCCCCCAGCCAACGACAGCGAUGCCAGCAGCAUGGGGGGCUGCCAGGGCUCCAACCGCUGCCAGCCAGGGGUCCUGCUGCCCGUUUGGGAGCCCGAUGACCCGUCGCUGGGGGACAAAGCCGCGCGGGCCGUGGUCUACUUUGUGGCCAUGGUCUACAUGUUCCUGGGUGUAUCCAUUAUUGCCGACCGCUUCAUGGCAUCCAUCGAGGUCAUCACGUCCAAGGAGAAAGAGAUCACCAUCACUAAGUCCAACGGCGAGACCAGCGUGGGCACCGUCCGCAUCUGGAAUGAGACUGUGUCCAACCUCACACUCAUGGCCCUGGGCUCCUCGGCCCCUGAGAUCCUGCUGUCUGUUAUUGAGGUCUGCGGCCACAACUUCCAGGCGGGCGAGCUGGGCCCGGGCACCAUCGUGGGCAGCGCUGCCUUCAACAUGUUUGUGGUCAUUGCCGUGUGCAUCUACGUCAUCCCAGCUGGUGAGAGCCGCAAGAUCAAGCACCUGAGAGUCUUCUUUGUCACCGCUUCUUGGAGUAUCUUCGCCUACGUCUGGCUUUAUCUCAUCCUUGCCGUCUUUUCCCCGGGUGUGGUCCAGGUGUGGGAGGCGCUGCUGACCCUCGUCUUCUUCCCGGUGUGCGUGGUGUUCGCCUGGAUGGCCGACAAGCGGCUGCUCUUCUACAAGUACGUGUACAAGCGCUACCGCACCGACCCGCGCAGCGGCAUCAUCAUCGGCGCCGAGGGCGACCCCCCCAAGAGCAUCGAGCUGGACGGCACGUUCUUGGGCGCCGAGGCGCCGGGCGAGGUGGGCGGCCUGGGCCCGGGGCCCGCCGAGGCCCGCGAGCUGGACGCCAGCCGCCGCGAGGUCAUCCAGAUCCUCAAGGACCUCAAGCAGAAGCACCCGGACAAGGACCUGGAGCAGCUGGUGGGCAUCGCCAACUACUACGCGCUGCUGCACCAGCAGAAGAGCCGCGCCUUCUACCGCAUCCAGGCCACGCGGCUAAUGACGGGCGCGGGCAACGUGCUGCGGCGACACGCGGUGGACGCUUCGCGCAGGGCCACCCUGGCCGAGGGCCCCGGCGAGGACGAGGACGACGGCGCCAGCCGCAUCUUCUUUGAGCCCAGCCUCUACCACUGCCUGGAGAACUGCGGCUCCGUGCUGCUGUCCGUCACCUGCCAAGGCGGCGAGGGCAACAGCACCUUCUACGUGGACUACCGCACGGAGGACGGCUCCGCCAAGGCCGGCUCCGACUAUGAGUACAGCGAGGGCACGCUGGUGUUCAAGCCGGGCGAGACACAGAAGGAGCUGCGUAUCGGCAUCAUCGACGACGACAUCUUCGAGGAGGACGAGCACUUCUUCGUGCGGCUGCUGAACCUACGCGUGGGCGACGCGCAGGGCAUGUUCGAGCCCGACGGCGGCGGGCGGCCCAAGGGGCGGCUGGUGGCGCCGCUGCUGGCCACCGUCACCAUCCUGGACGACGACCACGCGGGCAUCUUCUCCUUCCAGGACCGCCUGCUGCACGUGAGCGAGUGCAUGGGCACCGUGGACGUGCGCGUCGUGCGCAGCUCGGGCGCGCGCGGCACCGUGCGCCUCCCCUACCGCACAGUGGACGGGACGGCGCGCGGCGGCGGCGUGCACUACGAGGACGCGUGCGGCGAGCUCGAGUUCGGCGACGACGAGACCAUGAAAACUCUUCAGGUGAAGAUAGUUGACGAUGAGGAAUAUGAGAAAAAGGAUAAUUUCUUCAUCGAGCUGGGCCAGCCACAGUGGCUUAAGCGAGGGAUUUCAGCUCUGCUACUCAAUCAAGGGGAUGGGGACAGGAAACUGACAGCUGAGGAGGAAGAGGCUCGGAGGAUAGCAGAAAUGGGCAAGCCGGUUCUUGGGGAAAACUGUCGACUGGAGGUCAUCAUUGAGGAGUCGUAUGAUUUUAAGAACACGGUGGAUAAACUCAUCAAGAAAACGAACUUGGCUUUGGUGAUCGGGACCCAUUCGUGGAGAGAGCAGUUUUUAGAGGCAAUUACGGUGAGCGCAGGGGACGAGGAGGAGGAGGAGGACGGGUCCCGGGAGGAGCGACUGCCGUCGUGCUUUGACUACGUCAUGCACUUCCUGACGGUGUUCUGGAAGGUUCUGUUCGCCUGCGUGCCCCCCACCGAGUACUGCCACGGCUGGGCCUGCUUCGGUGUCUGCAUCCUGGUCAUCGGGCUGCUCACCGCCCUCAUUGGGGACCUCGCCUCCCACUUCGGCUGCACCGUUGGCCUCAAGGACUCUGUCAACGCUGUCGUCUUCGUGGCCCUGGGCACCUCCAUCCCCGACACGUUCGCCAGCAAGGUGGCGGCGCUGCAGGACCAGUGCGCCGACGCAUCCAUCGGCAACGUGACGGGCUCCAACGCCGUGAACGUGUUCCUGGGCCUCGGCGUGGCCUGGUCGGUGGCCGCCGUGUACUGGGCGGUGCAGGGCCGCCCCUUCGAGGUGCGCACCGGCACGCUGGCUUUCUCCGUCACGCUCUUCACCGUCUUCGCCUUCGUGGGGAUCGCCGUGCUGCUGUACCGGCGCCGGCCGCACAUCGGCGGCGAGCUGGGCGGCCCGCGCGGCCCCAAGCUCGCCACCACCGCGCUCUUCCUGGGCCUCUGGUUCCUCUACAUCCUCUUCGCCAGCCUGGAGGCUUACUGCCACAUCCGGGGCUUCUAGGGUCCUCCCCAGGGACUCGGCCUGCCCCUCGAGACCACCGCCUCCGCGCUGGACUGGCUCUCCUUUGUCCUCCAGAGAUUUGUCCUCCAGCCUCCUCUCCUGGGCCUCGGCCUCCCUUCCUCCUGGGAAGCCACC